GCGAGAAGCGAACUAGGGAGCGGCGGGCGGGCGCAGAGCAUGCGGAGCGGCGCCCCAGGCGGCCCCCGGACUUGGGCGAAGGCGCGGGCUGGGCACGCAGGCGGCGGGGGCGCGGAGCUGCGCGGGACCCGCGGCCGGCACGAGGACGUGCUGCAGUGACUCAGGACUCGCCGGGAGCCAGCGCCGGACCAGGGGGCCCGCCCCUCCCUCCUCUCGGCCCGGACGGCUGGCGGGGAGGCGCCCAUGCGGGACUGCGCGGCGCGGUGAGGGCGCGCGCGGGCGGGCGGGGGCGCAGCCGGCACCAUGUCCAUGCUGCCCACCUUUGGCUUCACGCAGGAGCAAGUGGCGUGCGUGUGCGAGGUGCUGCAGCAGGGCGGCAACAUUGAGCGGCUGGGCCGCUUCCUGUGGUCGCUGCCCGCCUGCGAGCACCUCCACAAGAAUGAAAGCGUGCUCAAGGCCAAGGCCGUGGUGGCCUUCCACCGCGGCAACUUCCGCGAGCUCUACAAGAUCCUGGAGAGCCACCAGUUCUCGCCACACAACCACGCCAAGCUACAGCAGCUAUGGCUCAAGGCCCACUACAUCGAGGCGGAGAAGCUGCGUGGCCGGCCCUUGGGCGCUGUGGGCAAAUAUCGCGUGCGACGCAAGUUCCCGCUGCCGCGCUCCAUCUGGGACGGCGAGGAGACCAGCUACUGCUUCAAGGAAAAGAGUCGCAGCGUGUUGCGAGAGUGGUACGCUCACAACCCCUACCCGUCACCCCGGGAGAAGCGCGAGCUGGCGGAGGCCACAGGCCUCACCACCACGCAGGUCAGCAACUGGUUCAAGAACCGGCGGCAGCGCGACCGGGCCGCUGAGGCCAAGGAAAGGGAGAACAGCGAGAACUCCAAUUCCAACAGCCACAAUCCACUGGCUUCUUCUCUUAAUGGAAGCGGCAAGUCGGUGCUAGGCAGCUCCGAAGACGAGAAGACGCCGUCGGGGACGCCAGACCACUCGUCGUCCAGCCCCGCGCUGCUACUCAGUCCGCCGCCACCACCCGGGCUGCCGUCCCUGCACAGCCUGGGCCACCCUCCCGGACCCAGCGCAGUGCCGGUGCCUGUGCCGGGCGGAGGCGGGGCGGACCCACUGCAGCAUCAUCACGGCCUCCAGGACUCCAUCCUCAACCCCAUGUCGGCCAACCUCGUGGACCUGGGCUCCUAGAGCUCUGCUGCCUCUUCGCGUUUGCCUUCCAGGCUUGGCGCUGGGACCCGAGAGAAGGCGGUGCCCGGAGGGCCCCAGCGCCGGCGGCCCCUCCAGGUACUGAAAGACCCGCGCGCAAGCCCGGCAGAACCGCCGGCAGGGACAAAGCGGAUGGCACUCUGGGUCCUUAUUUGGAAUUUAUUUUCAACAAGCCGCUUUUGAGAUCCUUUGGAGGCCGGGGACCAGGUCUUGAACCAGGGAAGGGAAUAAAUUAUAUACACCAUUCUCAUUCUUUCUCUCCGUCUUUUCUUUCUUCUCUCCUCUUGCCUGCACCCCUUUCCUCCUCUUCCUUUCCUUUUCUUUUCUCCUUUCUCCGUUUUCUGUCCUUUCGCCUCUCCUCUUCUUGCUUUUCCUUGUUUUCUUCUAGAUUUCUAGCU